ACGGAAAGCUGUUUUCAAAGGGAUCUCGAAAAGGGUUCGCUAGGGCCGCAAUACAGCCAACACUGCAGCAAUGGAAUCAUUAACAGGAAACAUCAUUUUGAUUUUCUCCCUGCUUGUACAAGCGUUUGGAUUGCCACCAAAAGAGGUCUGUCUGCUCCCAGUGGCUGAAGGUCCCUGCAGAGCCACAAUUCCGCGUUAUUACUACAACAGGUACACGCAGAAAUGCGAGGACUUCAGCUACGGCGGCUGUCAGGGAAACGACAAUAAUUUUGAAACUUUAGAAGAAUGCGAGAAAACAUGCUGGAAGAUACCAAAGAUUCCCAAAAUCUGCAGAUUGGAUAAAGAGGAGGGGCCAUGCCGUGGUCUUUUCAAGAAAUACUACUUCAAUUUCACCGCGAUGCAGUGCGAAGAGUUCGAUUAUGGGGGCUGCCGCGGCAAUGCCAAUCAGUUUGAUGAUAAGCGAUCCUGCAUGGAAUCCUGCGACCCUCACAGAUCCAUUCCAGCUUUCUGCCUCAGCCCAGAGCAUAAAGGAUUUUGUUCUGCCUCCAUACCACGGUAUUACUACAGUCCAAUCCGGAAGUCCUGUGUGGAGUUUAUCUAUACUGGCUGUGGAGGAAACAGCAACAAUUUUGUUUCCAAGCAAGUGUGCAAUGCAGUUUGCACAAAAGGAAGAAAAAUGAGACCAAGGCCAGCAAAUGUGUUAAUCAGGAGAAAAGUGAAAAGAAUAAAUGAAUAAGGUACUUUGUGAAGUGAUUUGUUUACAAACCAGCUCAGAAGUGCCUUCGGAUGAGAAAUGUUUUUCUACUGUUGUCAGUAUUAAGUUCUACUGUAUUUUAAGAUGUUAUGUAUGGUGAGUCUAUAUACUGUAUAUAUACAAUGGAUAUGAAUAUUAAUUACCUCAUGCUGUAUCACAAAACCGUCUUGCUGCUUAUAUUUGAACCUUUAUAAAGUCAAGAUGUAAUUAUUAUUCAUACCCAUCAUUCACAGUGGCUGCAUGAUCUUAAAAUAUCACCUUAACCUUGGAGGGUUCUCCAUGUGAGACAUUAUUUUAAAAUAUUUACACUAUGAAAGUAUGUUACAUUUGCACUAUAUUAAGACUGCAGUAUUUUGAAUUUUGUACAAAGCGCAUUUUGUGUAUUUUUUAUUUGAAAUAUCUGACAGAUACUCCUCUCUCCAAAGACAGAAUUAUUAUAAUCUAAAUGACAAAAAACAAUGCCUAAAAUAAUCUGGAUGCUGAGAUUAUCAAAAUGUUUUUGAAAAGACAAUUAAACUUUAUUUUUACAGUUGUAGAUAAAACAAAACUAAGAAGUUUUCUGAUAAUUAAAGUUACAUAUGAAUAGUGUUUUUGUAUAGUUUUUAGUGGUUUGAACCUCUACGAUAUGGAGAGUGGAGCACCUUAAAUUUGAAUUUUAUAUCUGUUAUUCUUUUUAAAAUGUUUUAAUACUCAGAUCUCUUAUUUAUGGUUUUUGUUGUUUAUGGCUUCCAAAACGUCUGCAGUUUAUUUCUGUGGAAUAAAAUUUUUUACCUUGAAUUUUCAGUGUUUUUUUGCCCUUCUACAGUACUGUAAGUUAACAGGCUACAGUAUACAGUAUACAGUACGAUGAGCGAGAGAGUCCUGAUCUGGACAAGUUCUUGUCAGUAUUUCAGAUGAAGGCAUUUUUUUUUCUUUUCUGCACAUUUUGUGUGACUGACAGGAACAAAUCAUUUUAUUCCUACGUGUUGCUGUUAUCUUGGUCAAAAUGUAUUAUUUUUUUGCUGUUUGAUAUAUUAAAGUUGUUGUGGUUUUUGGGAACACCCAUAUACCGUAUGAACAUACAGUAAGGGUUACAAAUAAGUGGAGGGUAUUCGGUUCAACUAGCUCAUUUGUUUGCUAGUAGCUCAUUUAUCCUAGACUAGUUUGAAUUUUUGAACAUAUUCUUCUAUGAUAUUAACGAGAAGGAUUCAAUUCUUUUGAAAUGCCAAAAUGGGAUAUUCUUUUAAGGCUUACAAUGAACCAUUCAAUUUGUUAUUCUGCAUUGGGCCAAUUCCAGAGCAGCAGUAUCUUUUUUUGAGAGAGAGAGGAGUUUAUUUGCCAUAUGUACAUUUACAUUGGGAUAUGUAUUCAUGCUAAUCUCUCGGGACAUGCACAGCACAAUACACAGCAUUUUUUGUAAUGUGGUAAAAGAAUAGUACAUUGUAUUCUAAAUGGGUUCUUCCUAAUGUGUUGUACAAUUUCAAUUUAACAUCCCUUGAUUUAGAUUCUACAAUUUUAGCAAUAUAUUAAGUCAUGCUUUUCACCUUGCUUAUUGCUUCGCCUCACUGUUUACAGGACGAAACAUUUUGUUAACCUGGAUAUUUGUAUUUUAUGUAAGUUGUUUGUUCAAGCUCUGUGUUGUUGACCUCAUAUUGGUUGUUUGUAUUGCUUGUGUUUGACACUCUUCUUGACUACAUUACAUCAGCUAUGUGUCCAGUCUUGAAUUUAGUUUUUUUCAUUGUUUCUAAACUUAUACAGUCUGAUCUGGUCAUAUUUUGGUAUCACCUGAAAACCUUACUAAUUUACUCAAUACAGUAAAAUGAUAUAAAUUAAAAAAACUGUGGUCCUAACACAGAUUCCUGGGGUACUCCACUAACUCCAUCAUCCCAUUUUGAGUAUUCUCUACUUUGCCUUAGUCACUGUUUUCUGUUCAUGAACCAGUUCUCAGUAUGAGUACAUGUAUUACCUUUUUUGGUAUGGCCUUCAUCUUAAUAAAUCAUAUUUUAGGAGGAAUAUUAUCAAAAGCCUUAUGAAAAAUAAAUACUGUAUGCCA